AUGGAGGCGGCCGCCGGCCGGAGCUCGCACCUGGGGCCCGCGCCCGCCGGGCGCCCGCCGCGGUGCCCGCUCCUACUGCAGCUGCAGCUGCUGCUGCUGCUGCUGCCGCCGGGCUGGCUUCCCGGGGCCGCGGGCACCCAGGGCGCCGAGUUCCCAGAGCUGUGCAGUUAUACAUGGGAAGCAGUGGAUACCAAAAAUAACAUGCUUUAUAAAAUCAACAUCUGUGGAAAUAUGGGUAUUGCCCAGUGUGGACCAUCAAGUGCUGUUUGUAUGCAUGACUUGAAGACAGACAGCUUUCAUUCUGUGGGUGACUCUCUUUUGAAAACCGCAAGCAGAUCUCUUCUGGAAUUCAACACAACAGUGAACUGUAAGCAGCAGAAUCACAAAAUUCAGAGUAGCAUCACCUUCUUAUGUGGGAAAACCUUGGGAACUCCCGAGUUUGUAACUGCAACAGAUUGUGUGCAUUACUUCGAGUGGAGGACUACUGCAGCCUGCAAGAAGGAUAUAUUUAAAGCAAAUAAAGAGGUGCCGUGUUACGCUUUCGACAGAGGGCUCAAGAAGCAUGAUUUAAACCCACUGAUCAAGACCAGCGGUGCUUACUUGGUGGACGACUCUGACCCGGAUACAUCUCUGUUCAUCAAUGUCUGCAGGGAUAUAGAUGCGCUCCGGGCCUCGAGUCCGAGAGUGCGUGUGUGUCCCCCCGGCGCAGCCGCCUGCCUGGUGAGAGGGGACCGCGCGUUCGACGUGGGCCGGCCCCAGGAGGGGCUGAAGCUUGUGAGCAAUGACAGGCUCGUCCUGAGUUACGUGAAGGAAGGGGCCGGCCAGCCAGACUUCUGUGACGGCCAUAGCCCGGCGGUGACCAUCACGUUCGUGUGCCCGUCGGAGCGCAGAGAGGGCACCAUUCCCAAGCUCACGGCGAAAUCUAACUGCCGCUUUGAGAUCGAGUGGGUCACCGAGUACGCCUGCCACAGGGAUUACCUGGAAAGCCAGAGCUGCUCCCUGAGCAGCGCGCAGCAUGACGUGGCGGUCGACCUCCAGCCGCUGAGCCGGGUGGGAGACUCCUUGUUCUACACUUCGGAGGCGGACGAGUAUACAUAUUAUUUGAGCGUCUGCGGAGGAAGCCAAGUGCCCAUCUGUAAUAAGAAAGAUGCUGCGGUGUGCCAAGUGAAAAAGGCAGAUUCCACUCAAGUCAAAGUGGCCGGGAGACCCCAGAACCUGACCCUCCGGUACUCGGACGGAGACCUCACCUUGAUCUAUUUCGGGGGUGAGGAGUGCAGCUCCGGCUUCCAGCGGAUGAGUGUCAUCAACUUCGAGUGCAAUCAGACAGCAGGUAACAACGGCAGAGGGGCUCCUGUGUUCACCGGGGAGGUGGACUGCACCUACUUCUUCACGUGGGACACGAAGUACGCCUGCGUGCACGAGAAGGAGGCCCUGCUGUGCAGCGUCUCCGACGGGAAACAGCGCUUCGACCUGUCGGCGCUGGCCCGGCACUCAGAACUGGAACAAAAUUGGGAAGCUGUGGAUGGCAGUCAGAGGGAAGCGGAAAAGAAGCACUUCUUCAUCAACAUCUGCCACAGGGUCCUGCAGACGGGCCAGGCACGGGGCUGCCCCGAAGACGCCGCCGUGUGUGCUGUGGAUAAGAAUGGAAGUAAAAAUCUGGGCAGAUUUAUUUCGUCUCCCACCAGAGAGAAAGGAAAUAUUCAGCUCUCUUACUCAGAUGGUGAUGAGUGCGGUGGUGGCCAGAAGAUAAUGACAAAUAUAACGCUCAUGUGCAAACCAGGUGACUUAGAAAGUGCCCCGGUGCUGACAACCUCCAGUGCUGAUGGCUGCUUCUACGAGUUUGCGUGGCGCACGGCCGCGGCCUGUGUGCUCUCCAGGACCGAGGGGGACAACUGCACGGUCUUUGACUCCCAGGCAGGGUUUUCUUUUGACUUGACACCUCUCACAAAGAAGAAGGACUCCUACAGGGUCGAGACGGACAAGUACGAGUUCCACAUCAACGUGUGCGGCCCGCUGUCCGUGGGUGCCUGCCCGCCGGACUCGGGGGCCUGUCAGGUGUCCAGAAGUGAUAGGAAGUCUUGGAACUUGGGACGCAGCAACGCUAAGCUUUCAUACUACGACGGGAUGAUCCAGCUGACCUACAGGGACGGCACACCCUACAAUAACGAGAAGCGCACACCGAGAGCCACGCUCAUCACCUUUCUCUGUGACCGAGACGCCGGAGUGGGUUUCCCUGAAUAUCAGGAGGAAGAUAACUCUACAUACAACUUCCGGUGGUACACCAGUUACGCCUGCCCGGAGGAGCCGCUGGAGUGCGUUGUGACCGACCCCGUCACACUGGACCAGUACGACCUCUCCAGGCUAGCGAAAUCCGAGGGCGGUCCCGGGGGAAACUGGUACUCGCUGGACCACGGCGGGGCACGCAACACGUGGCGGAAGUACUACAUCAACGUGUGUCGCCCUUUGAGCCCGGUGCCAGGCUGUGACCGCUACGCGUCUGCCUGUCAGAUGAAGUACCAGGGCGAGCAGGGCUCGUUCUCUGAGACCGUCUCCAUCAGCAACCUGGGGGUGGCGAAGACGGGCCCCGUGGUGGAGGACAGCGGCAGCCUGCUCCUGGAGUACGUCAACGGCUCCGCCUGCACCACCAGCGACCAGAGGCGCACCACCUACACCACCAGGAUCCACCUCGUCUGCUCCAUUGGCAGCCUGCAUACCCAUCCCAUAUUUUCUCUCAACUGGGAGUGCGUGGUCAGCUUCCUGUGGAACACGGCAGCAGCCUGUCCUAUCCGAGUCACCACGGACACAGACCAGGCCUGCUCCAUCAGGGACCCCAACAGCGGGUACGUGUUUGAUCUGAACCCACUGAACAAGUCCCAAGGAUACGUGGUCUUGGGCAUCGGGAAGAUGUUUCUGUUCAACGUGUGCGGAGCAAUGCCCGCCUGCGGCACCCUGGAUGAGAAGCCAGCUUCCGGCUGCGAGGCAGAAGCCCAGACGGACGACCUGAAGACCCUGAAGCCGGGCAGGCUGGUGGGCCUGGAGAAGAGCCUGCAGCUGUCCACCGAGGGCUUUAUAACCCUGAACUACACCGGGCUUCCUUCCCACCCCAACGGGAGGGCUGAUGCUUUCAUCAUCCGCUUCGUCUGCAAUGACGACGUUUACCCAGGGACGCCCAAGUUCCUGCACCAGGACAUCGACUCCAGCCUGGGGAUCCGGGACACUUUCUUUGAGUUUGAAACCGCGCUGGCCUGUGUACCUUCUCCAGUAGAUUGCCAAGUCACAGACCCCGCCGGGAACGAGUACGAUCUGAGCGGCCUGAGCAAAGCCAGGAAGCCGUGGACUGCGGUUGACACGUUCGACGAGGGGAAGAAGAGGACCUUCUACCUGAGCGUGUGCACGCCUCUCCCGUACAUUCCCGGCUGCCACGGCACCGCCGUGGGGUCCUGCCUGGUGACGGAAGAAAACAACUGGAACCUGGGCGUCGUGCAGAUCAGCCCUCAGGUGGGCGCCAAUGGGUCCCUGACCCUCGUCUACGUCAACGGGGACAAGUGCAAGAACCAGCGUUUCUCCACCAGGAUAAACCUCGAAUGUGCCCACACGACGGGCUCCCCGACCUUUCAGCUCCAGAAUGACUGCGAGUAUGUGUUUCUCUGGAGAACCGUGGAAGCCUGUCCCGUCGUGCGCGCGGAAGGAGACUACUGCGAGGUGAGAGACCCGAGGCACGGCAACCUGUAUAACCUGAUCCCUCUUGGUCUGAACGACACCGUCGUGCGGACCGGUGAAUACAUCUAUUACUUCCGGGUCUGCGGAGAGCUUUCCUCUGGCAUCUGCCCAACCAGUGACAAGUCCAAGGUCAUCUCAUCAUGCCAGGAAAAGCGGGGACCUCAGGGAUUUCAAAAAGUGGCAGGUCUGUUUACUCAGAAGCUGACCUACGAGAACGGGGUGUUGAAGAUGAACUACACUGGGGGCGACACCUGCCACAAGGUGUACCAGCGCUCCACCACCAUCUUUUUCUACUGUGACCGCAGCACGCAGACGCCCGUGUUUCUCCAGGAGACUUCCGAUUGCUCCUACUUGUUCGAGUGGCGCACGCAGUACGCCUGCCCGCCCUUCGACCUGAUCGAGUGUUCGUUCAAAAACGAGGAUGGGAACACCUAUGACCUCUCGUCCCUGUCGAGGUACAGCGACAACUGGGAGGCCGUCACGGGCACGGGGUCCACCGAGCACUAUCUCAUCAACGUGUGCAAGUCUCUGUCCCCGCAGGCUGGCUCGGAUCCAUGCCCUCCGGAGGCAGCUGUGUGUCUGCUGGGCGGCCCCAAGCCUGUGAACCUGGGCAGGGUGCGGGACAGUCCUCAGUGGAGCCAGGGCUUGACCCUCCUGAAGUACGUAGACGGCGACUUGUGUCCAGACCAGAUUCGGAAGAAGUCAACCACCAUCCGCUUCACGUGCAGUGAGAGCCACGUGAACUCCAGGCCCAUGUUCAUCAGCGCGGUGGAGGACUGCGAGUACACCUUCUCCUGGCCCACGGCCGCCGCCUGCCCGGUGAAGAGCAACGUGCACGACGACUGCCAGGUCACCAACCCUGCCACGGGACACCUGUUUGACCUGAACUCUCUGAGCGGCCGGGCCGGCUUCACCGCCGCCUACAGCGAGAAGGGGCUAGUCUUCCUCAGUGUGUGCGGGGACAACGAGAACUGCGCCUCUGGCGUGGGGGCCUGCUUCGGGCAGACCAGGAUCAGCGUGGGCAAGGCGAGCAAGAGGCUGACCUACGUGGACCAGGUCUUGCAACUGGUGUACGAGAACGGCUCCCCCUGCCCCUCCAAGACCGGCCUGAGCUACAAGAGCGUCAUCAGCUUCGUGUGCAGGCCCGAGGCCGGGCCCACCAACAGGCCCAUGCUGAUCUCCCUGGACAAGCGCACGUGCACGCUUUUCUUCUCCUGGCACACGCCCCUGGCCUGCGAGCAGACGACCGAGUGCUCCGUGAGGAACGGCAGCUCCCUCAUCGACCUGUCCCCACUCAUCCACCGCACCGCGGGUUACGAAGCGUACGAUGAGAGUGAGGACGACCGCUCAGACACCAGCCCUGACUUCUACAUCAACAUCUGCCAGCCUCUCAACCCCAUGCACGGGGUGCCCUGCCCCGCCGGCACCGCUGUGUGCAAGGUUCCUGUGGACGGCCCCCCGAUAGAUAUUGGCCGAGUGGCAGGACCUCCGAUCCUCAACCCCAUAGCCAACGAAGUUUACUUGAACUUUGAAAGCAGCACCCCUUGCUUGGCGGACCGGCAUUUCAACUACACCUCACUGAUCACGUUUCACUGUAAGCGGGGCGUGAGCAUGGGGACGCCAAAACUGCUGAGGACCAGCGUCUGUGACUUCGUGUUCGAGUGGGAGACCCCGCUGGUCUGUCCCGACGAAGUGAAGAUGGAGGGCUGCUCCCUCACGGACGAGCAGCUGUACUACAGCUUCAACCUGUCCAGCCUCUCCAAGAACACCUUCAAGGUGACCCGAGGCCUGCACACCUACAGUGUGGGGGUGUGCACCGCGGCUGCAGGCCUGGACGAAGGAGGCUGCAAGGAUGGCGCUGUCUGCCUGCUGUCUGGGAGCAAGGGGGCAUCUUUCGGGCGGCUGGCGUCCAUGAAGCUGGACUACAGGCAUCAGGACGAAGCCGUCAUUCUGAGUUAUGCCAACGGAGACACUUGCCCUCCGGAAACUGAGGACGGCGACCCGUGUGUGUUCCCCUUCGUGUUCAAUGGGAAGAGCUACGAGGAGUGUGUCGUGGAGAGCAGGGCCAGGCUCUGGUGCGCGACCACCGCCAACUACGACAGAGACCACGAGUGGGGCUUCUGCAAGCACUCCACCAGCCACCGGACAUCCACCAUCAUCUUCAAGUGCGACGAGGAUGCCGACGUGGGGCGGCCCCAGGUCUUCAGCGAGGUGCGUGGGUGCGAGGUGACCUUCGAGUGGAAGACGAAGGUGGUCUGCCCCCCAAAGAAGAUGGAGUGCAAGUUCGUCCAUAAGCACCGGACCUACGACCUGCGGCUGCUCUCGUCCCUCACCGGCUCCUGGUCCUUCGUCCAUGACGGAGCCUCGUACUACAUCAACCUGUGUCAGAAAAUACACAAGGGACCCCAGGACUGCUCGGAGAGAGCCAGCGUGUGCAAAAGGAGUGCCUCUGGCGAGGUGCAGGUCCUUGGGCUCGUUCACACGCAGAAGCUGGAUGUUGUAGAUGACAGAGUCAUCGUAACUUACUCUAAAGGCCACCAUUGUGGGGACAAUAAGACGGCGUCUGCUGUCAUUGAGCUGACCUGUGCCAAGACAGUGGGGCGGCCUUCGUUCACGAGGUUCGACAUCGACAGCUGCACCUACCACUUCAGCUGGGACUCGCGAGCGGCCUGUGCCGUGAAGCCUCAGGAGGUGCAGAUGGUGAACGGGACCAUCAUCAAUCCCGCCAACGGCCGGAGCUUCAGCCUCGGGGAUAUUUACUUCAAACGAUUCAGCGCCUCCGGGGACAUGAGGACCAACGGGGACAAGUAUGUGUACGAGAUCCAGCUCUCAUCCAUCACGGGCUCCAGCAACCCCGCCUGCUCCGGGGCCAACAUCUGUCAGAGGAAGGCCAACGACCAGCACUUCAGUCGCAAAGUCGGAACCUCCAACCAAACCAGAUACUACGUCCAAGAUGGCGACCUGGAUGUGGUAUUUGCCUCGUCCUCCAAGUGUGGAAAAGAUAAGACAAAGUCUGUGUCCUCCACCAUCUUCUUCCACUGUGACCCCCUGGUGAAGGAUGGGAUCCCCGAGUUCAGCCAUGAGACCGCCGACUGCCAGUACCUCUUCUCCUGGCACACCUCUGCGGUGUGCCCGCUGGGGGCGGGCUUCGACGAGGAGAUUGCGGGGGACGACACCCAGGAGCACAAGGGGCUCUCGGAGCGCAGCCAGGCGGUCGGGGCGGUGCUCAGCCUGCUGCUGGUGGCGCUCACUGGCUGCCUGCUCACCCUGCUGCUGUACAAGAAGGAGCGCCGGGAGAUGGUAAUGAGCAGGCUUACCAACUGCUGCCGCCGGAGCGCGAACGUGUCAUACAAGUACUCGAAGGUGAACAAGGAGGAGGAGGCGGACGAGAACGAGACCGAGUGGCUGAUGGAGGAGGUCCAGCCGCCGGCGCCACGGCCCGGGAAGGAGAGCCAGGAGAACGGGCAUGUGGCCGCCAAGUCGGUGAGAGCCGCCGACGCGCUCAGCGCCCUGCACGGCGACGAGCAGGACAGCGAGGACGAGGUCCUGACGCUGCCCGAGGUGAAGGUGCGCCCGCCGGGCCGGGCACCCGGCGCCGAAGGUGGCCCCCCGCUGCGGCCGCUGCCGCGCAAGGCACCCCUGCCGCCUCGGGCGGAUGACCGGGUGGGGCUGGUGCGCGGGGAGCCGGCGCGCCGGGGGCGGCCCCGCGCGGCGGCCACGCCCAUCAGCGCCUUCCACGACGACAGCGACGAGGACCUCCUGCACGUCUAGGCUCACGCGCGCCGCUUCCGACCAAAUCCGACGGGACUCCGUGAUGCUUCUGUCCUUGGCCUUUAACGAAAACUGUCCAAAAAAGGGAAGAGUGUUGGUGGUGGGGGAGGAGGGGGGCGCCCCUCUCCGUGGGCGCGGGGGUCGUGGAGGCGCGGCCGCUGAUGGCGGCGCACGCCCCGGGUUUGUCCCCAGCCCUCGCCUUGAGCGUGGCCACCGUGCGCUUCUUAAAGGCGCUGCGGCCGGACACGUCUUGGGACCGAGGGCUGCGUUUGAGGAAGACCCUUGCUGCUUUAGGCCUUGUAGGGUAUUUGAUCAUUAUAUUUUAGCAUUUAAUUCUCUCCUCCUAUUUAUUGACUUUUGACAAUUACUCAGGUUUGCGAAAAAGGAAAAAAAAAAAAAAAAACACCACCAACAGUUUUUUCCUGCCGGCAGGGGGUAAGCUUUCCUGUCCAUCCUUUAAGCAGGGGGAGGCUGUGGGCGCGCUCAGACGCUUUGAACUGGUCCACGAUGUAUCCUCUCAGUUAGACUCCACCGCUCUGUCUCUUUUCCCUUUUGCUUCUGUGGCGUCAGGGCACACGGGUGUGUGCGUGCGCACACGCGUGGGUCCGCAGUUGCCUGGGCUAUGGAGGGGGGGGCCGCCCGCUCUCUGCCUCUCGAGUCAGUAACAGCUGCAGCCUUUCUUUUUUUUUGCAUGAUGUCUUCGAUCCCAGGUGCACAGAGCACACUUAUCAGUAUUUCUCUCGCCAGCUGGUGAAGUCAAACAACCCACCCAAAGAUCGAUGUGUGUGUGUGUGUGUGUGUGUGUGUGUGUGUGCGCGCACGCGCACGCAUGUGCCUAUGUGCUCACAUGUGUGUCCGAGAGAAUGGAGUUGAGAUGUCAGACUUUUUUCCAGACUUGGGGUGUAGGUCUCACCUCUUCAGGUUCUCAUGAUACCACCUUUACUGUGCUUAUUUUUUUAAGAAAAAAAAAGUGUGUAUCGACCAUUCGACCUAUAAGAAGCCUUAAUUUGCACAGUGCGUAACUCAUGGAAGUUGCAUGAAAGCCAGUGGGCCAGGCUCUCGCCCCCAGCCUUGCACUUGGAUUCCCGCCCCGGCACGGCCAAGACCGGCCGCCCGGUCCGCAGGACGGGAGCGGGGACCGCAUCCUUCCCCGGCUGUUGGCGCCUUUCUCUGAAGUGUUUAACGAAUGACUUUUCUGGCAUUUAUAGAGCUGUAUAUAGACUCAGUGGUAUUCAUAUCCUGGAAAGCCAACCAACCCGCAGGGUUCCUGGGUUUGUACUCUCGUUUGGCUAGCUUAUUUGAUUUCAACAUGAGUGUAUUUUUAAAAAUUGAUUUCUUUCCUCAUUUUUUUUCAAUCAAAUUUACUGUAAUAUAAAGUAUUCAACGAUUUGAAUAAAAGAUAAAUUAUUAA